GGAACUGGCAUAUCCAAAGCCAGAGUUGGUUCUGUAGCUGGGAGCAAUGAAAUUGUUUUGGCUGAGUCUGUUGUUCGUGGGCCUGUGGCGUCCAAGUCGGAGUCAAGAGGAGAAUGAGUUGAAUGUGCGGCGGAUAAUGAGGGAACUGGAAGUAAUACCAGAGAUACUGGAUGAGGCACCAAAGGAUCUACUCAGGGCAAAAUACGACAACACCAUUGACAUUGAGGAGGGCAAGACCUACACACCCAAAGAGCUGAAAUUCCAGCCGAAACUCGACUGGAAUGCGGAUCCUGCAUCCUUCUACAGCGUCAUUAUGAUAUGUCCCGAUGCACCCAAUCGAGAGAAUCCCAUGUACCGCUCCUGGCUGCAUUGGCUAGUGGUGAAUGUGCCCGGCAUGGAUGUGAUGAAGGGUCAACCCAUAUCCGACUACUUUGGGCCUCUGCCUCCCCGGGACAGCGGCUUGCAGCGGUACCUCAUCCUCGUCUAUCAGCAGUCGGAUAGAAUGGACUUUGACGAGAAGCGAAUGGAGCUGAGCAACGCCGAUGGGCACAGCAAUUUCGAUGUGGCAAAGUUCACACAGAAAUAUGAGAUGGGUUCGCCAGUGGCUGGGAAUAUCUUCCAAUCGAAGUGGGAUGAAUAUGUCCCCGAGCUGAUGAAGAUGCUCUACGGCGUCUCUGAUUGAGGAGAGAUGGCAGAGAAUUCCAUUUCCAUUUAAUAUUUCUGCUAUAAUUAUUCGUUGUAUUAUAUUAAUUACUUCAUAAAUGAAUUUAGUUAGCUGAGAGCAUUCCCAAA